AUGGCCGUUAAAUCUCAGGAUCUAGAGGCGCGUAUUCUAGCAGCGGUAUCCGCAUACCACGAUAGCAAAAAAAAACUUGUUAUCACCAAAUUGGCGCGGGAAUAUAAUAUCCCGUACAAUCCCCUCAAAGGUCGGAUUCGAGGUCGCACUUCACGAUCUCAACGUACUGGCCCCAACAAAGCUCUACUUCCAGAUCAGGAACAGGCUUUGAUGCAUUGGAUCGAUACCUUGAACCAAGCAAACUCACCCCCCACUGCCGAUAUGAUUCAGGCCUGUGCAAACGAGAUAAGUCGAAGAAAAGACCCCGCCCGCACCUUCGGCCGGAACUGGGCCUACCGGUUUAUCAAAAGACUCCCAGCAACCUACAACUACAUCAAACAAAAGCCGAUGGAAAAGGAUAGGCUCGAAGCAGUUACACCUGGGCAGAUUGAGGACCCCGAUCUUCCUGAGCAAGUUCUAGAGAUGUGGGACGGGGAUGACCCACCCCCAGCGUCGAGUUCGAUCCCAAACUCACCUAUCAAGGACGUUAUUUCUCUUCGUCAAGAGGCCGAGGAAAUGCUUAAGAUAACCGAUGUAAUUGGGACCGAACUUGAUGCUUUAUCUCCUAAAUUUCGCCGUGAGUUGGCUACUAUUUUGGAGGGAGGCCUCGCUCUCGCGGAAGCGGGUGCUCAGUACGCGACCGCCACGUGCCAACAUCAACAUCCUCAACCUUCAACGACGAAAGGAUGCAAAUACAACCAAGAAGAGGGUUAA